AUGUCGAUAACGUACUCAGCCAUUUCCUAUUCUGGUACACUUUCGGGCUUCUCACCAAAAAGUGUACCUUUUGCUAUUCAGAGCGUACCCAGGAGCCAAUUUCUCAAUCCCAACCCGGUUUCUAGUUUCGGCCUCUCUCCUUCUCUUCGGGGAAGUAGCAUUGAGUUUCGACUUCACUUAAAUUCAAGACUUGAGCGUCGAUCUCUCCCCUUUGUUGUGAGAAAUGAUCAUCCUCAGAACGCAGACGCGCCUAAGCAAUACACAAGAAGAGAGAAGAAACCUUUCCCAGUCCCCAUCGUGGACCUGAGACGAGCGUCGAGGGAGAGAGUCAAGAACAACAAAGACAAACCUAGGAGACCCAUGCCUCCUCCUAAAAACGGUAUGCUCGUCAAGAGCCUCGUCCCUCUCGCCUACAAAGUGUACAACGCAAGAAUCAGACUGAUCAACAACCUCCACCGCCUCAUGAAAGUAAUACGCGUUAAUGCUUGUGGGUAUUGCAAUGAGAUCCACGUUGGACCUUACGGGCAUCCAUUUAAGUCAUGUAAAGGUCCAAAUGCUUCCUUAAGGAAAGGUCUUCACGAGUGGACAAACUCUGUCAUUGAAGACGUGAUCGUUCCUCUUGAAGCAUAUCACCUCCAUGACCGUCUCGGCAAGCGAAUCCGUCACGAUGAGAGAUUCUCAGUCCCACGAGUCCCCGCUAUAGUCGAGCUCUGCAUCCAGGGCGGCGUCGAAAUCCCAGAAUUCCCAACGAAGAGGAGAAGAAAACCAAUCAUCCGAAUCGGCAAAAGCGAGUUCGUUGAUGCAGACGAGACUGAGCUGCCUGAUCCAGAGCCUCAUCUUCCUCCAGUGCCAUUGUUAACCGAAUUACCCGUCUCAGAGAUAACUCCCCUUGCUAACGAAGAAGAAACAGUCUCUCUAGCCGAAGAGACAUUGCAAGCGUGGGAAGAAAUGAGAGCAGGAGCUAAAAAGCUGAUGAGGAUGUACAGAGUCAGGGUGUGCGGUUACUGUCCUGAGGUCCACGUAGGACCAACGGGACACAAGGCACAGAACUGCGGUGCCUUCAAGCACCAGCAGAGGAAUGGGCAGCAUGGUUGGCAGUCUGCGGUGCUUGACGACUUGAUACCACCGAAGUAUGUGUGGCAUGUUCCUGAUGUGAAUGGACCGCCGUUGCAGCGGGAGCUACGAAGCUUCUACGGGCAAGCACCUGCUGUUGUGGAGAUAUGUGCGCAGGCUGGUGCUGUUGUACCUGAACAGUACAGAGCUACGAUGAGACUUGAGGUUGGGAUCCCUUCCAGUGUCAAAGAAGCUGAGAUGGUUGUUUGA